UGACCUACAUGAUGUCCAAAGUCUCCAGGCUUGCUCGGCCCUCCUCGGCAGGAGCCGGGUCCAAGCUGCCCUCCCCGAGGAAGGAAUGCCCUGGCACAGCUGGUGUGGCCAGUCGUGUGCGGGUGCUGAGCGUGGGCGAGAAGCUGAUGAGGGCAGGCAACGAUAAUGUCCCGAACAGACCGAAGCAUGCAACAGGAUCUGAGACUCCAGCCCCUGACCAGGGUCCUGGUGAGAAAGACCAAACUGUGGAUGUAGUCUCUUCUAAGAGCAGGAUCAGCCCACCUAAAGCAUCGAGUCAGCAGCAGAACUCUGUGAACAAACAAACCAAAGGCAACCUGAAAGUAACCUCCCCUGAGGACGCCGAGCACCUAAACAGCCGACAGGCGUCCUCAAAUGGGUCGGCGUCUUCAAGAGGGGACGCCAAAGGCAGCAGGACUGUCCCUCGAAGACACACACUAGGAGGGGCCCGCACCUCCCGAGAGAUCCUGGCGAUGCAGCCGCCGGAUAUGGACAAGAAGAGGGAAGCCUUCCUGGAGCACCUGAAGCAGAAAUACCCCCACCAUGCCUCGGCAAUCAUGGGCCACCAGGAGAGGCUCAGAGACCAGUCUUUACAGGACAUGCUCGCCUCUCUGCACUCUGAGCUUGACAUUCAGAGGUAUUUGAUGAAAAUCCAAUUGCCCCACAGAAGCAGAAGUCCAAAGCACGGCGCCAGCCCCCAGCCGAGUGUCGGCGAUCAAGUCGACCACCUAUCUCUGGCCUCCGUAGAAUCACUGGACGCCAUGUCUGAGACUGAUGCACCCACAUCCUUUACCCGGGGCAGUCGGAUCCGUGCCAGCCUGCCUGUUGUUCGAUCGACCAACCAAACAAAGGAUCGCUCAUUAGGUGUUCUUUACCUGCAGUACGGGGAUGAGACCAAACAGAUCCGCAUGCCCAAUGAGAUCACCAGCAUCGACACCAUCAGAGCUCUGUUCGUCAGUGCCUUCCAGCAGCAGCUCACCAUGAAGAUGCUGGAGUCGCCAAGUGUUGCCAUCUAUGUCAAAGACGACAUGAGGAAUAUGUACUACGAACUUGCAGAUGUCAGGAACAUUACAGACCACUCCUGCCUGAAGGUGUACCACAAAGACCCAGCGCAGGCCUUCAGUCAUGGGUCCCGACCUGCCAACGGUGAUGCCAGGAUGCAGAGCGAGAUGGCGCAUGCUGCUCGUGAUGGUCAGCACCCUCUAAGACACCCACCCAUGGGUCCCCCCUCACACCAUCCCAUGCAGGGAGCACUCCCCCCAACUCCCCACUCAAUGCCUCCGUCGCCCUCCAGAAUCCCAUUUGGCCCCCGACAGAACUCUGUACCCGGGAGUGCCACUGUCCCAAGAGACAGACUGUCGAAUGCGAAUCCUCCGGCGCGUUCCAACUCUCCUUGUCCGAGCGCCAUACUUGAGAGACGAGACGUCAAGCCAGACGAGAACUUGGGUGGGAAGAGCCACAGUCUAGCUAGGGGGAAUGAGGGGUUGUACGCAGAUCCAUAUCUGCUCCAAGAGGGGAGGAUUGGAAUGACAACCACCCAUGGACCACACCCAGAACAUGGCAUGGGGACAUUUCACCGUGCCUCCAUCCGCUCCACAAGCUCUUAUGGUGGGCCCAGUCCUACAGACACUAUCGAUCACCCUUCUCUGUACAGACAGAAGUCCAGAAACAGUCAACUGCCUACUUUGGAUUCCAAGACUCCUCCUCCAUCCCCUCACCGGAUGACCGAGGUACGAAUGAUUGAUAUCCACGGCAUGCCUCCUCAUGGCGUUCCUCCUUAUGGCGUUCCGCCUCAUGGCGUGCCGCCUCAUGGUGUGCCACCUCAUGGGGUUCCCAUGGAGAGAAGCUCACCAGUGCGACAAUCCUUCAGGAAAGAUGAAGUUACAGGGACUAAGCCCAGGGACAGUGUGGGUUCACCUGUGAUUUCAGACCCUCAGGGUUUCUCCCAGAGUCCCCUUUCAGCUCAAAGUGACAAAGAGCGAAUGAAGUUUAUGGAGCAACAGAUUGCCAGCUUGAGUGGUCUUGUUCAUCAUGCACUUUUAAAGAAUCCAAACACUAGUGGCAACAAGGCGCCUCAAAGUGAAAGACCACCGAAGACCUCAUCUCCAGCCCACAGUGCUCCAAGUUCAGGUGGUUCUCCAGUUUUGGCUCCCAAAAUUAGUACAGCCUCAUCAGACAAGAACUUAGCUCCUCUCCAAGUCAACCUCCUGCAGUUCCGGAAGAAUGUUGCUGACCUCAGGUUGCAACUCCAUCAGAUGAGGCAGCUGCAGCUCCAGAAUCAGGAGGUGUUACGGGUGCAGCUGAAGCGAGCAGAGCAGGAAAUCAGUGUUAAACUCACAGAGGCCAUGCGGCGUCUCGAAGACCCUGUCCAGAGGCAGCGAGUUCUGGUGGAGGAGGACAGGCAGAAGUACUUGGGUAUGGAGGAGCACGUUCUCACACAGCUCAGUGAGUUGGAACAAUAUGUAGGUUCUCUGCAGAACGACUCGGCAGCAGCACUCAGAGUGGUGACCCUGAAGGAUGUGGAGGAGGGAGCUGUAACUCUGAGGAAUGUGGGAGAAUCUCUGGCAGGCCUUAAAGGAGAAUUUCCAGCCCUCCAAACCAGAAUGCGAGCUGUCCUCAGAGUCGAGGUGGAGGCUGUCAAGUUUUUGAAGGAGGAGCCUCACAAACUCGACAGCAUGUUGAAACGGGUCAAGAGCCUGACCGACACCCUCAGCACUCUGAGGAGAUGUGCAACAGAGAGUUCUCAGAAAGGACUUGAUCCUAUUAAGACAGUGGGUAACGUUGAUGCAGUCACUACAGAAGCUACUGCAGAAGCUCCCCCUGUAUCAGUCCAGCCUAGCUCGACUUCAGCCCCACUUGAGCCCCAGAACUCCACCAUCAGAUCCGAGAUGAUGCCCUCCUCCCCUGUGGUCAUCCAUCAUGUCCAGAGUUCUCCAGUUCACAUGCAGCCGUCUCAGCAGUCUGCAGCCCUCACCACUCAGCCUAGUCCUCCUCUCACCCCCAGCCCCACUCUCAUGCCCAGCCCCAACAUUAACAAGACUCAUGGGCUGGAGGAUCCCAAAGGAGCUAUUUCAGAUCCACAGAGUCCUGUCCACCAAAAGAAGACGUAUGGGAAACGUGUGAAUAAUGGGAACGGCACUCCACAUCAAGAUCUUGUUAUAGAAGAGCUACAGAACAGUCAGGAUAAAAAUAAAAACAGAGCUGUUUCCAUAGAGGCUAAAGAGAAGGAGUGGGAGGAGAAAAGGCAGAACAUGGGUCAUUAUGAUGGAAAGGAGUUUGAGAAGAUCCUUCAAGAAGCCCAGGCCAAUAUGAUGAAGGGAAUUCCAAACCUAGGGGUAGAAGAAAACCAGCUACUACCUUCUGCUGGGAUUGUAGAGCAAGGAAACAUUCCCAGCCCCGUCGAGCCACUGUCAGAGGAGCUUCUGUUAGGCAAACCCUUUAAGAAGGGGUUGGAGAAACUCCCAAAACCUCUGAUGGAGAAAUCUGCUAAGCCGUCAAUGGAGAAACCCUCAAAAGCUGCCAUCAAGCCAGAAGCUGACAGUUUGUCCAAACAGGGGUCUGAUAAAGCCAAUAAGUCUCCGCCACCUCCUCCUCCGAGGAAAACCUUCACUAGUUCCAGCUCAGGAAUGACGACGGCUCGUUCUGGUGAGGUGGUGUACACCACCAGGAAGGAGAGCAUUUCAGCACAGGAGGGUGAGGAGGAUGCUCCACCUUCCUCUCCCCAACCAAAACCAGCAAAGGCUGUCCCGGAGAUCAAGCCAAAACCUGCCACACCUCCCCUCGUCACUCCUGAUACCAGAGAAGAAGAGGAUGAAGGGGAUAAGAUCAUGGCGGAGCUCCAGGUUUUCCAGAAGUGCACAGUUAAGGAUGUAGGGGUGAAAAAUUUGGUUGAAUCUACUACUCGAAUUGAACCUCAAAUCAAAGAAUUAAGACCAGGAACUUUGUUACCGCUCAAAGAGAAAAAGCAGAGCUCAGAAUCCAGUCGAGAAGAUAAAGAUCCAGAAACGGAUGAAAACGGAAACACAACUAUGCGACAGAGCCCAGGGGUUAUAUACUACGUGACUGGCCAGAUUCCCAAAGAUCAGCCACCCCCAUCAGGAGUGGAGGGCAUCCCAGAAAACAGAGAGCCCACACAACCUCCAACACAGGUGUCAAAUGUCACUGUUAUUGACAAAUCUUCAAGCCAGCAACAGCAACUGCCGCCUCUGUCUCCACCACCCAAAUCACCCUCUGCAGUCACGCCUCCACCUAUAUCACCUAAACCUGUUGGACUCAAUGGAUUCAAACUGCCACGGAAGCAAGUUAAACGUGCCGAAUCCUUGAAGACUGGUGCAGAAAUUCAGAAGGAAAAAAUCGUCAGCAAAACAAAAACUGAUAAGAAAAUCAAAAUGAAUUCAGGGCAUGUUCCCAUAAAUAAAAAAUUUGUGCCUGAGCAAGUGGUGACCACAACAGCCAAUCCUGUUAAGGAGGCCCCUAAACCUUUUGUUCCAACAUCCAAAAAAACUUCAGGUAAUAAAAGUGAUAAACCUAGGGUUAUUCUUGAAGAUGGUGAUGAAGGAGCUAGUCUUAGUCCAGACUUACCUGGAGAAGAAGCACCUCCGCCCCCAGACAACAUAGCGUUUAUGAUUACUAACACUAAGGUUCAGGCCCUGUCUUGUGGAGAGUACCAAGAACUGGUUAGUGCCAAGAAAGGGAGCGUUCAGACGGUUACAGUAGGCAGUGCAGGAAAGAAACCAAAUGACACUGCUGAUCCUACAUUGCCACAGGAUAAUGGCUUUAACAAGAAGCCUGUCAUCAUCAUUUUUAACGAACCAAUGGAUAUCCGUUCAGCUUACAAACGCCUAUCCACCAUCUUCGAAUGUGAGGAGGAACUUGAGAAAAUGCUUGCUGAAGAGUCCAUCCAAGAGGAGAGUGAGGAGUCGGACAACGAGAGGAGUGGUGGGCUUCCAGCAAAAGCUGGAGGUGCUGAGUUGGCUGAUGGAGAAAUGGUCAGCUCCUCACAGAGUACUGCAGAUACCACCAGGUCAUCAUCCUCAUCCACAUCCUCAAUAUCAGAACUAACAGACGGCGGAAUGAACGCAGAGUCAAAUGGAGAUGCCAAACAGGACAAGAAGAAGUUCAAGUUUAAGUUUCCAAAGAAACAGCUGUCAGCACUGACACAGGCAAUUCGAACUAGCACCAAGCCUGGAAAGAAGACUCUACAGGUGGUGGUGUAUGAAGAUGAGGAAGAAUGCGAUGGCACAGUUCGGCAUCACAAAGAAGCAAAGAGAUUUGAAAUUACACGCUCAAAAUCAUUUGCAGAAACCUCCAAGGGAUCAGAACCUACCACACAAAAGUGGCAGAAUUCAGACAAUGUCUGCAGGACAGAUCAGAUUCGAAAAAGCACCUACAAAACUCUGGACAGUCUUGAACAGACCAUAAAGCAGCUGGAGACCACUAUUAGUGAGAUGGGACCAUGCUCCCCUGACGAGCUAGUCAGCACUGAAGACUCUAAAGCAAGUCAUGGGAAAAGCUCAGAAGGAGCUGGGCUGAAGAGGUCUUCCUCUCUCCCUAACUCCAGAACAUCGAAAGUAGCCAGCAAAAGCUCAUUGCAGAAGAAGACUAAACCUCAGGUUCUUCCUCGUCCCAAAGUCCUUCCUUCUACCAGCACCAACACCACCACUGCCCUCAGUGUACCCAGCAACAUACAACAGAACACGAGUGUCGCUUCCCCAACUAGUCGGAUGCCCAUUCCUUUGUCUACAAAGUCCAGGCAGUCCCCGGCUACAUCUGAAAAAGCAGGAAAACAGCAAAAACUGCAGGACGGUCAGAGGCAGUUCCGACAGGCUAACGGAAGUGCUAAAAGAGUGGGAGGGGAUCAUAAAACUACUUCCCCUACUAUACCCAUCUCUAAAAUCCCUGCUUUUUAUCCUAGCUCUGCUAAAAGCAGCUCCCAGUCUGCGCAAAACUCAGAUGCUACUAAUAAUCCCAUUAACCCGUCUUCCUCCUCCUGUCCCUCUGCAACAAAGUCCUCCAUCCUGUCCUCUCAUGCUCCUCGUUCCGGUUCCCUCCCCUCCUCCCAUAUCCCCUCACUGUCUAACGGAUCCCUUAAACUCCCCUCACCUUCACAGCACACAGGUAAAACUCUGUCGUUUUCCUCACAGACUCAGAAUGGUCGAGUGCACUCCUCCUCCUCUUCAUUCUCCUCCUCCUCCUCCUCUUUCUCCCCCUCCCCUCUGUCACCCACACCAUUGGGCCCAGGUGGAAAGAGCAUCCGCACCAUACACACCCCCAGCUUCACCAACUACAGGUCCCACAACGGCAGCAACGGUAAAUCCAGCAUCCCAUCAGCCACAGCCGCUAAGGACACAACUUAGCCUCAUUUUUGCCCCCCCCCCAGGUAGACCUGAUUUUGUUUCAUGUAAAAUAGUUUUGGUUUGGGUUGUUCCCUUUUUGUUAUUUUUUAUUGUAUUUUUUUUUUUACUUUAAAAGUAUUAAACAUUGUUCACAUUUUAUUUGACACUGGCAUUCGCACACUGCUUUUAUUCACUCUCAUCUUCACUUCUUUUUCAAAUGUUGGAUCACACAUUGUUUUUUUUUUUCUUAAAGGUGUGCAAGAAAUUAUGACAAUAUCUGAUAAUGUAACAAAAACAUACCUAUAGUUUUUUUGUUUUUAUUUUGUAGUUGAAGUGAAAGGCUUUUAUUGUGCUGAAAAAUAUUUUCCUGUUGUAGUUAGGGUAGGGACUAUAGAGUUGCUUUACAGUCACAAAAUAUGUACAUUGUUUUAUUUUGAAAGCAGAAAUUGAAUAAUUAGAAUAUUUAAUCCUCUAUAUUUCCGGAGUUGACAGACAUUCAAACGCUUGUAAAUGUCUUAAAUGAAUUUUUACAAAAUGUGUGCACACAUUUAAAGUUACUCUCAGUACUAUCUUUAAAUUUCUCAGAGUAUUUUUUCCACCCAUAUGAACUGCCAUUUUAUUUGACUAAAUUACAGCUGUUAGAAUGAACUUUUUUUUAAUGUGCUUAUUUGCCAAAGUUGUUGUAUAAUAACUCACUUCAUGCCUAACUAUCAUGGACAUCAGAGGACAUUACGUGCACUCUCUUGGUGAGGCUGAAGUGUCAACCCUCAGUGGUUGUACUGCUGGUUUCGGUUUGUUAACACAUAUUGUUGCUCUCAGUGUAACCUGUACUGAAAAAUGACUAAUUGAUUCAACCACAUGUACAUAAAGUAAAUGCUUCUACUAAGAAAAUAAGUAGUUUUGUUAACAUACCAAAGUUUAUUUGUAUGCAUGCCUUUUAAAUACUUUAGGAGAGUGAUGUAAAAGAAAAAAACAUGUUUGCACAGAUAGAUUUUGUAAAUAUUUGGUUUUCUCUUUCUUUUUUGUAAAGCUUUAAAUCCAGCUAUAAAUGAACAAUGUGGUAAAGACAAAAGUGUGUUGGACUAGCAAAAAUAAAGACUUGCAUGUGUGUAGUGCACUGAA